GUAAAUAAAAAGGAUUUAACGAGAUAUCUGUAAAAAUUUCCAAUAUUUUUCAUCAUAAAAGCUUGGCAGUAUAGGUUCAAAUCCUUACGCACGACAUUAUUGGUCUGCGUUUAAAAAAAUAGUUUUCUUACAAAAAUAUGCGGAAAAUGAGUGCUGUGUAAAUUUUUGUGUUUUGAUUUUUUAUCAGAAUGUUUUGUGUGCUAUCUUGUUAUUAAUAAACUAAAACAUAGCCAUAUAAUUAAUAAUUGAAGUCAUGAGCACCUAAAGCGUCAAAAUGGAAGAGGAGCUCAGAUGUUUUGUGUGCAAAGAAUUUUACAGGGAACCCGUUCUAUUACCUUGCGGGCAUGCAUUAUGUAGGGCUUGUGCCGUUAGCCUGCAGAGCCCCGUGCCCGAGGGGGACGGAGGCGCCGUGCCGGUGGACUACCAGGAAGCGGACAAGGCGUCCGUGUCAAGCGAGACAGACAGCGGUGUCGUAUGUGGAUCAAGGCCUAACAGUUACGCGGGAACGCCAGCUGCCUCUGUGUACUUGAGUGUGGCGUUCAGUUUAGUGUGUCCAGUGUGUAGUAAGCAGUUGUUCCUCGACGACAAUGGGGCGGAAGGUUUGCCGCCGUUCCGUGUCAUGCGGACGAUCGUGGAGCGGUUCGGGGCGUCGUCGACGGCACCUCCGGCCGAGGAAGCGUGUCAGAUGUGCGAGGGCGAGCGGCGCGCGGCCGUGGUGCGCUGCGAGCAGUGCUCCGUGCGCUACUGCGCGGGCUGCCGCGACGCCUGGCACCCCGUGCGCGGCCCGCUGGCGCAGCACGAGCUCCGGGCGCUCGGCACCACCUGUGGUGAGCAUGGCUCGCCUCCCACACUCUACUGCAACACUUGUCAACUCCCCAUAUGCCAGCGCUGCAUUGCGGAGCGGCAUGCCAUACAUGACACACAGCCCCUGCCUAGUGCAGCCAGAGCUCAAAAGACUGAACUUUCCCAGUCAUUGCAACAGCUAUCAGAAAAGGCAAAAGCUAUGACAGAAUACAUCCAGGCAAUAACAAGUUCUGGAGAUAGAAUAAAUGAAUCAAAUGAGGAAUUAGAGAAACAAAUAGAUCAAGCUUGUGCAGAGAUCAUCCAUGCUGUGGAGAGGCGAAGAGAAGACUUGUUAAGGUCCGCUCGGGGCACAAAGAGCCAAGCUGUAUCAAAUAUGCGAUCCCUCAAGUCCCAGGCUGGUCAGAGGCUAAGGGAAGCUACGGCUCUGCUACAUUUCUCCAUUGAAGCUCUCAAAGAAUCUGAUGCAGCAGCAUUUUUACAAGUAGGCAACAUGCUGUCCUCCCGAGCGCUUGAAGCCGCCUCAGCGCUGUGCGACUCGCUGGAGGCGCCGGCGGACCCGCCCGUGCUCACGCUCGACAUCGAGCCCGUGCUGCGGACGGUCAAGAAUAUCAACUUUGUCGAGUGCAUACCCGAGGAAAAGGAAAUGAUGCAAGCAGCGCCGGGAGCGCCCAGCAUGGCGGUAGAAGCGUGCCUCGCCCGCGGCUGCAGCGCCACGCUGGCCUGGCGCCCCCCGCCCGCGCCCUGCGCCGUGCGCGGCUACGUGCUCGAGCUGGACGACGGGCUGGCCGGGCCCUUCCGCGAGGUGUACUGCGGCCGAGAGACAGUGUGCACGGUGGACGGGCUGCACUACGCGUCGCUCUACAGCGCGCGGGUGAAGGCCUUCAACGGAGCCGGCGAGGGCGCCUACAGCGAGCUCAUCGGACUGCAGACGUCACCGGUGGCCUGGUUCACGUGGGACGCCCGCUGCGCGGAGCCAGAAAACGGUCUCAAAAUCACUGCCGACGGCCUAACCGCCGUCUGCGGGGGCUGGGAGCCCCGCGUCGUGAUCGCCGACACGGGUCUCGCUCGGGGGGUGCACUACUGGAGCAUCACUAUAGAUAAAUAUGACGCGGAUGCGGAUCCGGCCGUGGGCGUGGCGCGGCGCGGCGUGGCCCGGGAUAAGAUGCUGGGCAGCGACGCUCUCGGCUGGGCCAUGUACAUCGACAGCUCGCGCUCGUGGUUCCGGCACGGGGGCGCGCACGGGGGCCGCUGCGACGGCGGCAUCGCCCCCGGCGCCGUGCUAGGGGUGCUGCUGGACCUGCCCCGCGGCACACUACGGUUCACGAGGGACGGCCGCGCGCAGGGUGACAUAGCGUUCACGGGUCUCCGCGGGACAUUCUACCCGGCCAUCUCUCUCAACCGAGGUGUCACGGUCACCCUACAGUCGGGACUCACGCCGCCGCCCGAGCUUCUGAUGCCUCAGCUGUCGUUGGAGUAAACGUGGUAUAGUCCGUAGAUAAAGAAACCAUUUCAA